UUUUUUCUCUCACCACCGGCUAUAUCCCCGGUGACAUUUCGGGUCGGGUCAAAUUAGGUCAACGAUAACGGAAAAUUCGCCGGAUGAAACCCUCUUAACGGAAAAUAUGGCUGCUCCGACGACGACGACGACACCGACCUACACAUCAAUUCCGAUUCCAACCGGCGACGUCAUCUCCCGAUCAAUCCAUAAUCUCACUUCCACCAUCUCUCGCCACCGUCCCUGGCCCGAGCUCGUAAAUUCCGGCGCUUUCUGCUUCCCGGAGCGGUUCUCUUCUCUUCCCCUCCGAUCUAAGACGAAUCUCCGCUACUUCUUCGUCAACUACUCUCUCAUCGUCGGCACUUGCGCCGCGCUCUCUCUCAUCGCCGCCAAUCCCGUCGCGCUGGUCGUCGUCGGAGCGAUCACCGCCUUGUGGCUUAUUUUUCACUUUUUCAGGGAAGACCCGAUUAUUCUUUGGGGAUUUCAGGUCGGAGAUCGGACGGUGGUGGUCUGUCUUGUCCUAGCCUCCGUGUGGGCCAUAUGGUUCACUAGCUCCGCCGUGAGCUUGGCGAUAGGUGUCGGCGUUGGGUUGCUGUUGUGCACCAUUCACUCCGUUCUUAGAAACUCCGACGAGCUUUUCCUUGAGGAAGACGAUGCUGUUACCGGAGGCUUGAUCGGGUCUAAUCUCCGGUGAUAUUUUUCUCAUUUUACUUUUCCCCAAUUGAUUGUUUUCAGAUGUUCAAUUUUUUUUGCUUCCCUGAACAUUAUCAAAUUUUUCCUAAGGGGAAGUUUUGAUGUCUUGUUUUGAAAUUUGAGUGUGAUCUAAAAAUCUGAUUACUUGUUUUUUUUUUCUCCUUAUUCUUGGAAACUUGUGAAGUGUUUGAUGUUGGACUGUAAUCAGAAGAGAAGAAUGACCAUUUCUUGUUUGAUUGGUUCUCAUGGUGACGAAACCAACU